AUGGUUCAACUCUAUGGGGAGGGGUUGCGCAAGCUUUACCGCGGAGUUGCUCCUCCGCUUUUAAUCCGGACACUCCAAGGCACACUGUUAUUCAGUGUUCAGGGCGAACUGUAUCGUUAUUCCUCCAGCGUGGUCCCGGAGCACUUUCCCAGACCUCUGCUCCAGGCCACAGCAGGGGCGGGUACUGGCGUCGCGGAGGCUCUGGUGUUCACCCCAUUUGAACGUGUGCAGAACGUUCUCCAGAACAGCAGAAAUGACCACCGUCUCCAAACCCAGAGGAGUGUCGUGGAGCAGUUGUACUCUGAGCCGCUUGCCCUCGGGUUCUACCGAGGUCUGUUGCCCAUCAUUGCCCGCAACGCCCUGGGCAGUGGCCUCUUCUUUGGUCUGAAAAACCCAGUGAGAGAUGCCUUGGACCAAAAGGGUCUUUCGCCCGUGGCCUCUUCGUUCAUUUCAGGUGCACUCAUCAGUCUGUUUCUGUACCCGCUCUCGGUGCUGGUGGCCAACAUGCAGGCUGGCGUGGGGCAGGAGGACGCCAGGGGUGGGCUGAAGUCGAGUACCCACAAGCUUUGGGCGGAGAGUCAGAAGAGUGUGACGCUGCUGUACCGCGGAGGCUCUCUGGUCUUCCUGCGCUCCUGCUUAAGCUGGGGCAUCAUCACGGCCAUCUACGACUGGCUGGAGAAAGGCUCGUCCAGCUGA